AAAAAAAAAUAAUAAUGGUUUCAAAAUUUCACUCGAGCCUUUCACAAGACCUUUCAUUAAUAUUAAAUGAUUUAGAUGAUUGUAAUGUAACUAUUUUGGUUGGAAAAAAUCAAAAUAUAAAGGAGUUUCGUGCACACUCGUAUAUUCUUAGAGCUCGCUCACUUUAUUUCAAAAAUGCAUUUUUCAAAAGGGCAUUCCAAACUACCUUUAUAGCAUCAGCAGACGGAUGGGUUACUAUAGAUAAUGUAAUGAAGUUCAAAAAACCAAAUAUUAAUCCUGCUGUUUUUGAAAUAAUUCUUAGGUAUAUGUAUACGGGUGAAGUAGAUUUACCAAACACAUCAGGCAUAAAUGUUCUUGGACUCCUAAUUGCAUCUGAUGAACUACUCCUUAAACAAUUAUUUAAACAUGUUCAAGAUUACUUAAUUGAAAAACAAGCAAAUUGGAUUCAGAAAAAUUUUGUCCUCGUCCUUCAUUCCGUAUUUGGUCUUGAAAGUUGUAAAAAACUAAAAGAUUACUGUCUUAAAUCUAUUUGUGCGGAUCCAAAGCCAUUUUUCACUUCAAAAAACUUUUCCUCGUUAAAUAAAGAUAUCUUAUAUGGUUUACUUGAGCGAGACGAUUUACAGAUUGAAGAAAUUGUUGUUUGGGAUAGUCUAAUUAAAUGGGGUAUUGAACAAACCCCCGGUUUGGGAAUUAGGAAUAGCGAUAGGAGUAAAUGGAAUGAUAGGGAUUUUGAGGCAUUAAAGGAAACUUUAAAUCAAUUUAUUCCUCUUAUUCGGUUUGUUGAAAUUUCUUCUAUUGAAUAUUUUGAUAAAGUUCGACCUUACAAAGCUAUUAUUCCUAAUAAUAUUUGUGAAGAAAUUGAAGAAUAUUAUUUUAAAGGUACUUUACCAAAAACAGCCACUUUACCUCCACGAACAGGAUUCCAGAAAAUUGAAUCGAUCAUUAUCAAGCCGAAACUAGCCAGAAUAAUCAUUAAUUGGAUUGAAAGAAAAGAUUCAAAUUACAAUCGUAAUAAAAAAGAUGUUGUUUUUAAUUUUGACCUUAUUUAUCGUAGAAGUCGUGACGGGAAAAAUAUUAUUCGAAAGAGAUGCGCUGGAAAAGGAGCAGUUUUGAUUUUAAUUAAAGUUAAAUAUUCUGAAAAAAUAUUUGGUGGAUAUAAUCCUAUCGGUUGGGAUGAUGCCGAUAAAAAAUAUAAUCGUAAAAAUUUUCAUUAUCCCAAACAAAUUAAUCAAUAUUUAUCCACUACAGAAAGUUUCAUAUUUUCGUUUGAAAAUAAUGAAGAUAUUAAAAAUAUGGAGAUUAGUCGUGUAGUUAAUUCAUCAUAUGCCAUUUUUAAUCAUCUUGGGAAUGGAAUUAACUUUGGCGGAGGCGACCUAGCGUUAGAGAACGACCGUCUUUCUUUAAGUUAUACCGGUUAUUAUGAAUGCUUAAAUAGGAAUAAUGAUGAAUUUUUGAUGAAUAGUAAUUAUUAUAGAGAUCAGUAUGAAGUUGAAGAAAUCGAAGCCUUUAGAGUAGUUACUCAUUCUAAUUUAUAAAUAUUAACUUAGUGUUAAAUUUAUAAUUAAAUCAGGACUUUUGUAAUAAAUUUUUUCUAUUAAAAAGUAGGUGAUAAUGUAUAUUUGAAUAAAAAGUUGGAUAAUAAAUAUUGUAUUUCAUAAAUAAAUUACUUUUAUUACCAAUUUUUUACGCCUAAAUACAUUAAUUCGCACGAGAAUUACAUACGCUGAAAUUCAACCUUCAACGUAAAUCUGGCCGCAGUGCAGUUUGAAUUAGAAAUUGAACGAAUAAAGUAUUUAAAGGUUGAAUUACUUUUAGAGCUUUUAGUGUAAUAAAGAAAAUAAAUGUUGG